AUGUCUUCAGGAUUGACCUUUACUCAAGGCCUCCUGCUUGGCCAGGUUUCGGUGGUUGUUUUGAUCUUCUGUUUCAUCAAGUUCUUCAUCUUUGGCGAAGCCCCUCCGCCGCCAUCUAAAGCCUCGGGUCGAGCUCCCAGGCACGUUCGGGCGCCUUCGUUGCAUAGUCUGGCCUCCUCCAAGAGUGCUCCUCCGCAGUCUCUACGCAACCAAGCCAGUGCCACCAACGUCCUUCGCCCAGUUCCUACCAGUGCCACGGACAUUGCGUCUAUCCUUCGAAAGACAUAUUACCAGAUACCCGGUCGAGGCCAUGGCAGACAUCACCAUUCCACACAUCAACCCGAGAGUUUGGACUGGUUCAAUGUCCUCGUGGCUCAGACAAUCGCACAAUACAGACAGACUGCGUAUGACUUGCGAGACAGCUCUUCCGGGGGGAAGCCUACGAUUGUUUCCAGCUUGGAGGCAGCAAUCAACGAUCCGGAGAAGAGGCCGUCCUACAUAGACAAAAUCAAGAUUACCGAGAUAUCUAUGGGUGAAGAAUUUCCUAUUUUCAGCAACGUGCGGGUCAUCGCGGUCGAAGACGAGGCCUCCAGCGCCACUGGCGGAAGACUGCAGGCUCUCAUGGAUGUAGACUUGUCUGAUGAUAACCUCACAUUGGCCAUUGAAACUGCCCUCAUCCUCAACUACCCCAAACCAUUUUCUGCCGUGCUUCCCGUGGCUCUUGCUGUCUCCGUUGUCAGGUUCUCGGGGACACUGUCGAUCAGUUUUGUGCCUGCCUUGCCGGAUGAGGCCACAGGAACCAACAAGCAGAGUGGAAAGCCCCAGACGAAUCUGGCAUUUUCGUUUCUCCCUGACUAUCGGCUGGAACUGUCGGUAAGAAGUCUCAUCGGCUCCCGCACCCGACUGCAGGAUGUGCCCAAGGUCGCACAGCUGGUGGAAGCACGAGUGCAAGCCUGGUUUGAGGAGAGAGUAGUGGAGCCAAGAGUCCAGGUGGUUCCUUUGCCUGGCUUGUGGCCGCGUAUGGGAAAGGUGAGGGUGAGGGACGGUCAAGACGAUGACAGGCCAGCAACCCAGGACGAGCAUCGAGCAACCUCGUUUGUCAAUCAUAAAGAGUCCAGGCUGGAAGACAACUUCCCAUCCCAGGAAGAGACGGAAAGGAUAUUCGAGGGCUUGAGACAGCGGUCCAAGAAAAUGCGCUCGAAUAGUCAAGUGAUCGAACAAGAAGACGUCCCAGCUACUCAGGCGGCAAUGACGAUGCCCGGAGCGCUCCCUACAUAA